CAGCCAAGGACAGAUUCUUAUUUGGAAGUCCUUAAGUGAAGCCCACGUUUAACAAGAAGUUGACAGGAAGGAGGGAAGUGUCACUGAAAUAGCCAGCUUCAUGGUUUUCGUUGUAUGGGCCUGAAUGGGCUUUGCUUUUUGUUAAGGGCAGAUGCUGUCUUCAGAGCCCUUUAUUCCUGUGUUGUGGGAAAGCCAGGAGACAAGUCAUCUCAUGAACACUUUGAACUGGUCAAAGGAUUAUGGUACAAGAUAAGAUACAGCUCAGAGACCGUGCCAUAGCUUUUGCCAGCUGUCAUAAGAUGUUACCUUUUGUUCUGUAGCCUUUGAAUGGACUUCCUCCAAAACUUGUGUCCUGUGUUCUCCCUCCUAGCAAGUGAGCACUGGUGUCAGGCCUUGAAGCUAGGAGGUGACAGGUAGGCAUGUACCAAGCUGGUUAAAUUUAAGAGACUCUUCAACGUCAAAGAACAUCUUUUUCCUGACUCCUGAGAAGCAAGCCUGACCUUUAUUGCUGUCUUAAAACUGAUAGCCAGAUGGUCUUUUGGGAGUUGGAUUCUUUCCCUUUAAAUCAUUCAGGUUCAAGCACCAUCACUAAUGUUGUGAGUAGUUGCAAGGCACACUUCUAUUGUCCCUACAAGAAAUGUUAUCAAUAGGGGAAAAGUAUGGGAAAGGCAGAGAAAUUCAAACCCACACAGCCUGGUGCUAAUAACUCCUUUGUGGAGCCUGUGCUUCUGUCAGGGCACUAUGAACUCAGAAGGCUUUUUCAGUGAGUAAGGCUGAAAAGCUCGUGUUUUGCUGUGCAGGCAGCAGUUACUCAGGAAUCUGUUUACUAGGAGAAAGGGACGAGGUGGGGCAGGGGGGCAGGGAUGCUGGUUCGCCCUCAGGGAUGCAGCCCUGGCUGGUUGGUCUGCUAUGCUGUGCCUCAGGGUGCUCUCUUGGGAAAUGGGAGCAGUGCUACUGGAUGUUUUGACAGAGCCCUGUUAGGAACUGCCGUGGGUGCUAGAGAGCCCUUGUGCUUUCCUGGCAGAAGAGGCAUUGCUUGGGAAUCCUGACAAACUCCUGGGAGAGCAAAGUGGAGAAGGAACAGUUCUGGGGACAGAACUCUGCAGGCAGGAGUGUGCAGGGCACGAGUUUGCACCACAGGGUUUGUGUUUGAGAGGAACCUCAAUGUGGCAUUAUUGUGCUUUAAACAUCAGAGCCCUGGCAAAAAAAAGUCUUUAAUUACUGUAAAAUACAUUCUUUACAUGUUUAACCUCUUGAAUUAGUUUUCCUUUAGAUCCUGAAUACUUAAUGUACUGUUAUUCCCAGGUGCAUAAAUGGUCUUUUAUCAUUAAGAAACAUAUGAGACAACUUGAUCUGCAUUUUCAGGGUUGUUAGAGGCAAAAGCAAAUUCUGUAGCUGCUUGUGUGGCUGACCCUGAAAUAGUCAUACAACCAAUGACAUAGUCUUUCUAUAAUGAGUAUUAAAAAUAAUUAAAAAUUAAAGAGAAUUUAUUAUUUUUCUGCCUAGCUGAAAUUCCCACAAGUCACCUCUCAGCAUAUUCAAGAGUGCACAAGAGGGAUUUAUUAUUUCCUGGUAUAUUGACUCUGAAAGGUCUGGGGAUUACAGCUGCUUUGCACAUGAAUAGCUGGAGUGUGUUGUACAAAAGGCACGGUCUGUGGGAUAAUGGGGUUGGAUGUGGGAAAGCGCUGACCCUGGGGGAGAGCAGGCUGGUGCCUGAUGGCAGGAAUCAAUUAUGUCUCAAAGGAACACAUUGCCCUGGGAGCAGGCUUUGCGGGAGCCACCAUGUUAUGUGUUUACCACCCUCCUUCUCCAGCAACCCAUAUAAAACAGUCGCAGAAGAUAUCCUAUCCUUCUGCCUUUACCAGGGGACUGAGCUACACCUUGCUCUGUAAUUACUCUGUUAGUGGUCUGUUGGUUAUGAUCUCAGGAAUGAAACGGUUCCCAUCUCAGGGAGAGUGCUGAGACCAGCGCUUAGCUCACACAUGCCACCAGUUUUGAGACUGUAAAGCAUCCCAAAUCUUGGUGAGUGAAUUCAGUGCACUCUCCAAAGCCCUUAGGAACACCUGGAGCCCAGCGGUCACCUGCUCAGCUCCAGCCAAGAGAGGGGGGCAGCCUGUCGCUGCUGCUGAGCUCCUGCACUUCCUUGGUUUUGUUUUUGGAAGAUAGUGCUAUUCAGUUUUUACAUUGAUCUGGCAUCAUUGCUAACCUUUCAGAUGUCAAAAUUUAGGUUAGAAUGGGAUAGAAAGUCAUAGGGAUUUAACAAAACUUAUUUGAUAGUUAUAAUAAAAGUAGAAGUAUUGUAAUGGAUUUACUUACCGUUUGAACUGUGCUUGCAUUGACAUUGUUUUUUCUCUUUGCCAGAAGACUGGCAGAGGGACACAUGCAGGAACUAACUGCACAUAAGGUAGAGUUGGUUGCCCUCACCAUCAUGUCAUAGCGCAAGGCACAUUGUCAGACCUCAGGGUCAAGGGAAUCUAGUGCAACGGGAAGUUUCUGACCCUAAAGAAAAAGCAGUAUAGAGAGUAGGACUGGGACCCCCAGAACACCACCUUGUAUAGCUAGCAGCAUGCACUUGUGCCCAUGAGCAUUUGCAGCUUGAGGUUGUGAGUAGGAAUUAGUCAAGAAGCCCUAAGAGCUGCUGCUGGGGUCUGUCUGUCCAGACACCUUCUGCUAUGGACAGUGGUCAGCAUGUAACACCAGCCACACACAGACAGCACUGAAUUGUUCACUACAGCAGUAUGGAUCCUUCUGCAUUUCUAAGCCCUGAUUUCAUCCAGCCCAGCUGCCUAAAACCUGAAAUUCUCUUAUAAAUUCUGUUCAGCUUCUUACAGAGAGUUGAUGUAAUUCAGGGCACAGCGUAUCCUCUCUUCCGAGGAUUUUCUGAGGUCCCAGAAUAGCUGUAAGUGCUGGGAAGCAGCUGGAUGAACUGAGUGGUGGCGACAGACAGCUCUGCACUACGACUGGGGACAGCUGCAGUUUAACACUGAGAUUUUGGUAGGUUUCUAGGAGCAUGAAUAAACAAAUUAAUUUUUAUAUUAAAUCUUGAUUUACUUUCCGAACAGAUCAAGUCCAUUUCUAUUGAUUUGAUCAUUAAGUACUUCCUGAUUGAGCAUUUGAGUGCAUUUUCCUUUUCAGCUAUUUUGUUGGUUUGAACAAAUUGUACUGAAUCACAUUUGCAAAAGCCACUACUGAACUUGAGUGCAAAGGAGAACUUUUGCAUCUGCUUAGCUAGGAGUGGCACUGCUCCAAGUGUGGUCCAUGCAGGUAAUCCCUAUUCUCCCAUAAGCUGGGGUGCUGGCAGCUAUUCAGAGAUAAUAAAGCCAAUUAAAACAAAAGUGGGUUCUGAACAUCUUUGCAAAACAGUAAUCUAAAAUGACUUCUGUUUUAGACCACUAAGCUGCAGCUAGGCUGAAAUACUGAAAUUUUGAUUUCUCCUUUCUGUCUCAUUUUCUACCUUUGUAAAAAACUUUGCUAGUAAUACGUUUUUAUAUUGCAGAGAAGGUUGCUGAGAUUCAUUAGUUGGUAUUUGUAAAGCACUUUGAAAAUGCAAAGCCAGUGCAUUAUUCUUGGUCUUGUGGAUGCUUUCCAUGUUAUUAAAAACAGGAUUUCAGAAAGGCUUAUAGGGGAUCAAAACAGCAUCCCAAACUUGAAAGGAAGCACGACUGUUAAACCAUCAACUGUCGCCUCCCCCUCCAGCCAGAUGUUAAGCCCUAAAGAACUGAAGUGGCACAAGGAAUUACUUUCCCAAGUUCCCCCAGCUGGGCUGACAGGCCUUGAUCAAUGGUUUUCUCCACUGUGAGUGCUAUGCAGAUGGUCUACCCAGAGCAAGGUUUCUGUGAAGUACAAAAGGAAGUCAAACACCAUUUCUAAUUCAGCUUGUAGCAUGGCACACUUCCUUUAUCCUCUGCCUGAAUGCAGUGAAUAGGAGAGCAGUGUGGGAAACUGGAAGGGACUCCAAACUCACACAGUCUGAGUGGCUGUAAGACACUCCUGUCCUCAGACCACAUCUGCCUGUGACAGACGGGAAAAAGAGUGACAGAACGAAAAAUCAGAUUAUAAAAACCUGCUUGAAUGGGAAAAUUAGGUCUGAGUAAAAGGAAGAAAGUGAAGAAAGCCAUGCAGAGAAACAGAAAUUGUGACAGCCCCAAGCAGGGGACUGCCAAACAGCAGAGUGAGGAAGGGCUGGGAGGAAAUGGCUGAGGAAUGAGCUGCAGGAGCAGAACCUUGCUCUUCCACCAGUAAGGCCAAAGAGAAUUGUCCCUCUGAAGGCAGCAGAGGUGGUUUAAGCUCACACUGAGACUUCUGAGCCACAUAUUCUGUCUUGCCUCCUUACUAAAGACUGGCUUGCACUUGAUAAAAAAAUGUUUGCCACAAUGAUUGAGAAAAUAAGUAGAGCACAUUGUCUGUACUGGUACAGCAGGGCACUGCUCCCUAGCUCCAUGUGUCAGCCAGUGGCCAUUCCUUGAACAAGAGUGGAAAUGCUGAGCUUUAAAACACAACCAGUGUAGGUUCCAUUCAGUAAUCCAUCACCGAAGCUUUGGUGUUUUUGCAUCUCUUUGCUGCACAGCAUUCAGAGCAAAAGAUGGUUCCUCUGCACCAUGAGGAUCUGUACACUCACCCAGGCCUUACGUUACCCAAAGAGUGGUGACUGCUUUGUGCAGAUGUCAUGCUGGUACUUGUCACAGAUCCCCAAGGGAGCUGCAUCUCAGCUGAGGCAACCGUGUCUGCAGCCCCCUGAUGUGUAUUCAGUUUUUGACCACAAACCACAGGAGCUGAGCUUGGCUACUACGAAAAUUAGCUCAGAUUUCAUAUCAGUAAUUCUAUGGGGAAGCUCUUCAUUAAUACUUCUAAACUGUCAUGGGGUGGUUCAAAGAACAAAACAGGGAACAGACCAGAUUCUAGGGCUGAUAUUUGACAGGGGAAAAUUAAGGCUCAAAUUCUGCCGAUUAGAAUUUGGAUGAAUUCCUCUGUAGGUGGAGGGGUAAUUAUGCACAAAGAGAUGAGAAAGGAGCUUUGGAGGUACGAAACCUACAGCCUGAAUGCUGCAGUCUGCUUUGCUCUUUGUGGAGGCCAGAGUUCCUGUUGGCUUUAGUGAGGACCCAAAUAGUUCCAAAACCUGGACCUGUUCUAUUUUUUAACCUUAGUAUGAUUUUUAGGACAAAGCACUUAAUGAGGUCUCCAGAAUUUUGCUAUCUUUCCUGUUCUCUGAGCCGUUGCUCUCAAGCAUUUUGGCAUUCUCAAUGACUUUCUAACAUACUGCCAUGGAAGUUUGUGUACCUCAGAGUUUCCCACACCAUUUCUUAACUAUAUUCAUUCCUAUCACAAAGGAAGUGUGCCUGACUACAAACCGCAUUAGCAACGGUGCUUGCCUCUGCAUUGUGUUCAGUGGGAAACCCUGCUCCCAAAAGGCCAUCUGGGCUGCAUGUAUCAGGAGAGAAGCAAUGGGGGCAAUGAGCAUCAAGAUUUGGGAAAACAGCAGCAUCCCUAAGUCUUCCUACAGAGCUAACAUCUGGCAGAGGUUCUGGGGCAUUACUCAUGCCAUAUUUCAAACAUCCACAUCCAGUAUCUUGGGAUUCUAGUAAGUUCUCUAUCCAAUAUUGUGUAUGUUUGGAAUCAUAGUAAAAGGUGUAUAAUUGGGAAUUCAUGAUCCUUAGUGUAAAGUCCACUGGCUCUGUUAGCAUUAUUCUAGGGAUGAUGAUUAUUAUUGCUUUCUUAUUCUCUUUUCACUUGAGCCAUGUGUUGCAGCAGUGAGGUAAGGCCGGGGGCUGCAGCAGCUGUCCUGGUGCAGACAGCAGCAGCCCCACUGGGCUCCUCCCUCAUGUACACUUCUUCAGCAGCACAGAGCAAACCCCCAGAACAGCAGGAGCUCACUUAUGUGGCAGAAAAGAUGAGGGCAGACCAAGAGACCCAAAUCACACAUCUGUUCUGCUAUGGGAAGUUCAUAUGUCCUCCCCCAGAAUAAAAGUCCUGCAGUGAAGCAACCCUAUAAUGCAUAGGUUCCUGAGAACCUGAGUUUCAAAGUUCUGUGCUGCAGGUAGUUGUAGAGAAGGCAUCUGACACUGGCCACCCAUGUAAGGCUAAAACUGGAGUGCCUGUUUGAGCAACUUGCACUGUGAGAGGAAGUGAUGACUCUUAGGGCUGUUUACUAGGAGUUAAUCUGGGAAACUGAAGCUGUUUCUAGCAAAAUUGCUAGCAGACCCUAUUGAUCACAGCAUUGCCACAUUUAUUCCUCGUGCACUUGUCAAUGAGCUCAAAAAAUGAGUUGGUAUUCAGGAGUUUCUCUUUCAGAGAAUCUCCCCAAGAGGGAUGCACAGAGAGAAAGAUUGGUUUCAGAGGUGGCAUUACAUGAGCUCAAAGAUAAUCCACAAGCUUUGAGGAGAACAUGUGAAAUGGUGUCACAAAAACUUUCCCACAAUUUGACAUAAAAGACUCAGAGCCCAACAGCUGCUGCUCUGUACGCAAAGAAGGGAGCCUAUUCACCAACAGUACAAUGGGGAUGGAACAGCAGAUCUUGGAAGAGGUCAUUUAAGCCUUACCUGGGCGAACAAAUACAUGAGCUGUAGGGUCAGAGAGAAAUGUAGACAUGUGUUUAUGCAUUCACAUUAAAAUACAUGCAUGAUCACAUAUAUGCAUGUAUCAGUAUAUAGAUGAACACACAAACUGCAUUCAUGUAGACACGGUAUUUAUGUGGUACCCUCGCUGAUUCAGUAAGAAAUCCCCACCCGUAAUCCCUAGCAUUACUUUACAGUCAUGUAUCUGACAAUUCACAUUCCCAUGUUGCUGCUUGCAGAGGGAUACACUGACGCUCGCAUAAAGGGGAGCUGAACUGCUGUGAUUGCAGUGCACACCUGGAGCAAAUCGGGGGCUGGCACAGCUCAGAUGUGUGGUUCAUGGCCUGCUCUGCCCUUUUCUGUGCAGGUCUUGGGUGCAUGUGUAGAGAAUGCAGAAAACACUGCUGCCAUUCCCUGCGGCUGUUUGUGUGUGGCUGGAGCUCAUAAAUAAAGCAUUUGUUUAUAAGAUGCAAAUAGCAGCACCGUUAGCUCUUUUUGAGCGGAGACUUUGCAGUGCAAAAUAAUGAGGAAUCAGAAUCUUGACUUGUAGCAGUUUUAUGGGCUAUGUGAAUUUGUUCUGCACUCCUUUGUGCAUGGAUUAAAUGAAAGCAGCAUAUGAGACUGAGCUGAUCCCCAAACUCAAAUAUUUCUCCUCUUGCAUUUAUCUUAUAGAUGUUUGAACAACACUGGGUGCUUGUGACAGGGCUUGAGAGUAUUCCAAAGAGGUUCGUAAGAUUUCAAGGAAAGAGAGCAAUUAUCAAAAUAGAAACUUUUCUGGAUAACUGUGUGUAUUUACAUUUAAAGGUUUUUGCAGUGAGGCAAACUGAAAAAGCUGUAUUCUGUUUCACUUGGGCAAAACUGGUGUGCUGCUGGCUUACUGUGAGAACGAGGCAAACAGCCUUAAAGAACUUCUGCUCUUUAUCUCAGGAAGCCAGAAGCUGCUCGUGUGUGCAUUGCAUUGGUGCACGCUUAGCGUGUGCCUCCUGCAGCCGGGAGGAGCGCGGCCGCACGCAGCCUGCAUGGGGGGCUCGUUGCCCUCCACGGCUGCUGGCCGCCUCCUUCCUGUGCACCCGUGGCCGCCGGCCUGUGCUGGGAAUGCCAUUGAUCUCUGGCAUUAGUCAGCAGCCUUUGCCCAUUGAAGGCCGCUCUUUCCCAGCUUCUGACACGUAAUUCUGAUCCCGGUCUUUCACGUACCACGCACUCCCCACCUGCUCAUCUGGGAGAAGGUCAUUAUCCCCAGGCUAUUCACUGGCACUGGAGCAUGCAAGAAUAGAUGCUUCUGUUAUUGUGCUGCCUAUCUCUCUGAUUGGCCACAGAGUGUGGGAAACUCCGCCAAGCCGCAGACCCACAGACUCUCAGGAAGGCUGCACAGUAUAAAUACAGGGCCGAGGCAGCUUCCAGCGACACAUUUCUCCUGGACUUCCACUCUGAGACAUUCCUUCCCCUCUUGGGACAGAUGGCUCCCAGCGUUGUUUUCAUGGAGCCUGACAACCUGCUGACGCCAAAGGAGAGAAACAAACUCAGGAAGCCGGUGGUGGAGAAAAUGCGCCGUGACCGGAUUAACAGCAGCAUUGAGCAGCUGAAGGUGCUCCUGGAGAAGGAGUUCCAGAGACACCAACCCAACUCCAAGCUGGAGAAAGCCGACAUCCUGGAGAUGACUGUCAGCUACCUGAAGCAGCAGAGCCAGCUGCAAAUGAAGACUUCAGGAUCCUUCCAUAAAAGCUCUCAGUUUGACUUCAGAGAGGGCUAUUCCCGGUGUUUGCAAGAAGCUUUCCAUUUCCUCUCUCUUCAUAAAGUCCGAACUGAAACACAGACCAAGCUCCUAAGUCACUUCCAGAAGAACCAAUCCACUGCUCCAGAGGUCUCCUUUUCCCCCAGCAAGCCCAGCAUCCUGAAGCAAGCAUCGCCAAAAGACACCGGUACUCUCUGGAGGCCCUGGUAGGCAGGGAAGCUCUCACUUAGUGAACCUUUGCCUUUUAGAGUCCAGAGGAAGAAUCUGACUGCAUCCGAUAGUUCAGCUCUGAUCCUCUCUUCUGUAGGGUGCAUUAUUUCCCCAUAUACUUUAUUUAUGUGUGAAAAGAAUGGCGUGCUUUUGACUUUUAUGGGAUCCUUCGGCAAAAGCUCAGGCAUUCUGUUGUGUGGUAUUGAAGCUGUGUAGGUACUGGUGAUACAGAGCACAGUGUGUUGCCCAGUUUGGGGGCAAAGGUCUUCCAAAUGAAGGAGGAUAUUUUUGUAGAAGUUACAUUUGUGAUGGGCAAGAAUUGCAGUAGGAGAAUUUCCCUAAUAUUGCAUGUAAGAGCCAUUGGCUUUGCUCUGGUUUGACUGAAAACUCUUGUUUGCUCAGUCAUUCUGGAGAAUAAAUGUGCAACUUCAGUUCAUGCACACUUAAUUAAAUUCCAUUUCCUCCCAUUUGCUCAUAACUUGUACUGUGUGAAAGGUGGUUUUUUGCUUUGUCCUGGACUUUUCUUCUUUGAUAGUCCUGGCACAUAAAGUGGGAUGGAUGAACUGAAGCAAGGAAACUAUGUGGAAUAUUUCUACUAUUUUGCUGCUUUUUUCAAUUUAGAAAAAUAAUGUGUUACUGCUUUAUGUUAAAGAAAAGAGUAGAUAAAAUGCUCGAUUUGUGAAUGUUAUAUAUUUGGGGUGUAAGUUAUGCUUUUUCUAGCAUCUUCAUUAUAAUAAUGAUUGUUUGUCUGUAUUAAGUGCUGUAAUUCAUGGUGGAUAGUGUUUCUCCCGUUCCUGGGACAGCCCUACGGCUUACAUGCAUACUGUGUAUGCGUCUCUGUGUUUGUAGAGAGAAAUAAAAUGCAUUUGUGUGCAACUUUUCUCUGGGUUCUCUGUGCUCUGUGGGAUAUGUAACCAUUUGGGUCCCUGAAAGUUAAUCACAUGUCAGUCUUCCAAAGAAGGGGUGAUUUUUAAAGUUAAAGGAGCUCCUGUUCAUGUCUACUUUAUAUAUUCACCUGACUGCCUUACACCUUUAGCCCCAUGAGGUAAGCAACUGUUACUUACGUGUUCUCUUACCUGAAUCAUAUAGAGCUCCUCCUUAGGCUCUGCCCCUCCCAAAACCUCACCUGAGUGGUCAAGCCUUAAACUUGGCCAUCUGGUCCCCCUGCUGGCAGCAGCUGGGAUCUGAGUGUCCUGCAGUUUUUUCACCUGACGCUGACAGGAUACAGCCUUGAUCACAUCAGUGCUGUGUGUCCUCUAAUGUCUUCUCCUCAUUUUUUCUCUGAGUGCUCAGAAUGUGGAAUACAGGUGCUUCUGACAACGGGAAACAUCCACAGGCAGCCCUGCACCUGCCAAACUUAGUGCCCAAUCCCAUUCUGUGGCAAAAUACUGAUCAAUACUGAUCACGGUAAUAAGGCUGUGCUUAUGCAAGCACUGUUUUUAGGUGAAAGAUGUAAAAACCAAUGAAGUAAAUGUGGUAGUUCUGCAGCCUGUUUGUUUUGGCUGGAAAUCCAUAAUCCAGUUAUGUUAGCAAGAAAUCUCACGUUCCCUGCCUGUGCAGGUUUUCAUUUGUUAUGACCAGGAAUGGUUUGUUCUGCCACACGUUAUCGCUAUUUUAUCCUGUCUAUGCUUUUUAGCACAGUAGGGGAUGCAGGGGCUGUGGCAGGGGUUACUGCCAAGAGAACUCCCCUGCACUCUCUUACUCUGGAGUUCUUGGCAGUAGCUUUGUAAAGUGAGACCUCAGUUCCAGCCCUGCACGUGGUGUUACUGUGAUAUAUAUAGUACCAGAAAUGGUGGCAGAAGGGAUUAGCUUGCAAUGCAGAAAACUUUCUAUGUAAAUUUCUGUAGUCGUGCGUAGCUACUGUCGGAGUAUUUAUUAUGCAGAAGGUUUUAUUGCAAAACCCUGUCCAGUCAGCCAGCACUGCUGUCGGAUUGUAGCACGAAUAGGGAACUUCAGUCCUUGGACAGCUUGCAACGUUUGGCCACCAGGGGGCGCAGCGCCCACGGAAAGCCUUCCAUGGGGAGCUCCGUCGGCUCGAGGGGAUCUGCGAGGUGCCGGUGUGACGGCCUGCGUUUGUUCCGAUUUAACGAUCGGAUCAGCCAGUGCUAGAAAGUCUUUUCCACCUCCCAAUUUCUGUGUAUCACACUGUAAUUGUAUGCGAAUAAAGAAAGCUU